AUGUCUACUCUCCAGAACCGUAACUUCGGCAAUCUUGCCCCAGAUUCAUCUCCUGCUAGCUCACAAUCCCCUCGCACUCCGGCCAAUCCCGCCUCAAUCCAUUCUUUUAGUAACUUUGCGACUUUACAAGGGGCGAGAGGCACCUCUGGCACCGCCUGGAACCACAAUGAUCGUUCCCGGUCCCCGGGGUUUCGAAACUCAGGUGAAGCUGAACGUCGUCUGGAGGAAGACGCAUCCCAAGAACCAACCGAUCAGAGACGAACCCCUCUUGGCGCUGGUGAAAGCCUGGUAUUUGACAAGUUGGCCACCAAGGCCGGCCUUGACGAGGCCAACCAAAUGUACGCCCUGGCCAACUGCGAGGCAAGUGGUUUUUUUGCUUCUUCCCGUGCCCACGGGGUGUAUCGCCACAUUGUGACGAGUGUCUGUCAUACCAAGAUCAAGUUUGAGGUCAAGAAAAUGUCCAAUCAACUCUUGAAGAUGGCCGAUCAUGUAAUAGGUAUAUUGGACAAAGUCGAAGCGGCCUUGGCGAGAGUCAACGCUAUCUCCACCAAUGUUGAAGGCUUAUCGGACAAGGUCGAGCUUAAUAAUGAACACAUUGAGACUCUAACCAAACUUAUUCAAUCAUCCCCUAAUGUUCUCAAUGGUAAUGCGCCGCAUGUGCCAAAUGCCCAAAAUCCUCCCAGUGCGGUUGCUUGGUCCGUGUCUACAGAGCUCAGGGGUGCGAUCAUCACCGCAGCUCACAGGUUUAUUGUGAAGGAAUCUCUGGAGUCUUAUACGGCUUUGGAAACCCCUCAGCGCGAUUGGUUGCCUCACUCGCUCUUCAAUUCAAUCAAGACCGCUGUGCGCCAAGGUGGGGCUGUUACGCAAUUCCUGCCACCUCAAGUCAACGGCAUCAGUGAUGUCCCCGCGACUCGGAUAUACAACUCGGAGAUCAAAAAUGUUUGCAAACAUGUGCGCGAGCGCCUUCAUUUGCUGCUCUUAACUGGCGUUUACGAUCCAAAAAACCCUGUAGUCCAUGGAGCCGUUCCAACCCUCAAGGGUCUGGUACAUCGAAUUUUCAUUAAGUUAGGACAAACUGGAGACCAUAGUGACAUUGAAUCAGUUUGGGCGAAUACCAGCGAACUGGCGCGCUGCCGCUUUGCUUACCUACGUCGCGAGGCCGUUUGCAUAUUUCAAGUUGGACAAGGUUCAAGUUCCAUUUGGAGCGCGGUCGAUCACCAGCUCAAUGACCUACGUUGUCGUGGCCAUGAUUAUACAGCGUCUUUCUACAACAUCGUUUAUGAUGAUGACAUCUCCGCUUUUGAUGGCCAAAACCUAUUUCAAGAUGUAGCCGAGAAUGUUUCCUUCCGUCUUCCCUAUGAACAUGACGUCUUGGCUGGAAUUGGCGGAGCUCAAGAGGAUGUCAUGAAUGAAUGA